AUGUUAGCAUUUUUACAAAGACUUCUCAAUGUAGCAGUAUGUUUACAGUCAUAUCGUCGUAAACCGGAAGAUUUUUCAUUUAUCAGUUCAUCAGGUCACGGCGCAUUUGGUCGUGUUCAACUUGUUCGUGAAAUUACAACAGGUUGUGUAUGUGCUAUGAAAGUAAUAAACAAAUCUCGAAUGCUUGCACAACACACAGAUUAUUGGGCCGAAAAAGAAAUUAUGUCACAUGAUGAAAGUCCGUGGAUUGUAGAAUUAUAUUAUGCUUAUCAAGAUUUAAAAAAUUUAUAUAUGAUUAUGGAAUAUGUUCGCGGCGGUAAUCUUGUCAGUUGGAUGGAUGAAGUGAAGUUCAUGUCAGAAGCAGCUUGUCGAUUCUAUGCAGCUUAA